UGUAUCAGCAAACAAAUGAAUGGGAGGGAUCAAGGUACAAGGUAACUUCCAGGAACGUCACAGAAAGCUGAAUAUCUAAAGGUGAAAGUGAAAUAACUUAAAAUAGAAGCACAAAAUUACAGGGACAAUAGAGAGAGGGUGAAUGUGAUUGUGGACGAAGCUUUCACAUAUACGGGGUUCUAAAAUGACGGAAACUAUGCCAGGAGCAGUGUCAAAUCCUUUUGAUGAAGGCACCCCACUUGACCGGCCCUCCCCAGAAGGAGGAAAUCCAUUUUUUGAAGAGGAACGCGAGGUUAAAAGGGAAUCUCUAGGAUCAGAUGUAAAACGAAGAGGAACUUUGGAAAAAAUUGCUGGUCUGUCUCCAUUUUUUAAAGGAGGAAAGGGGCUCUUAGGUGGCUGGGGAACUCCUGAAAAGAGACGAGGUCGGCGCAAGUCAGAAGAUGUCAGCUUGUUAUCUCUUGGGCGGAAAAAAGACAUAAAUGUAGGAGAUGAAGGAGGUGGAGGCCCUGGUGGAGGUGUUAAACGUCUCUCCUUUUUGUGGUUGGGUGGAAGCAGUGGUAGUGGAGGGAAUCAGUCUCAGAGGGAGUCCAUGGUGGAAGCAGUGCCAGAAAGAAGUGAAGCUGAACAAGAAAAUGAGAAAACCCGGGAACCCCUUUCAGUACUUGAGAUCCUUCAACUUAUCCAGUGUCGGGACCUCCGAUCAGCAGACCAGCACAUUAUAGAACUUGAGGCAGAAUGUGAUGGAGGGACAAGUCCAGAAGGAGGACUCAAGAGUCCAGGGCGACAAGCUAAGGAUGUGACUCUACUGUAUGAGGCUCUGAUGAAGGAGAUGUGGGCAGUGGUAGAAGAAUCGCUGAACAAUAAAGGAACCCAUCAUAAACUGGAUGAAGUCAUUGGGGUGAUCUUGCAGGAAGAGGGUAGGGAAGGGCCCCCGGGUACCAAGGACAUGAGGCGACAAUGGAUGAAAGCAAUUGGUAGAAGUGUAGAACAGCGUCUAAAGAACAAUCUCGAAGGGAAAAUGGGUUCACUGUCAUCUCAGGCUGACAGAGUUAAGAGGAUUGCAGUGGAAGACCUGACAACAGUGAAGAACCAUUUGGUUUGUUCUUACCCAAAAGAUUUUGAAGUUUUCCGAGUCUACCUCUCUGCCUAUCACAGUGGAAUAUCAGACUGGCUCAGUACAACAGCUCAGCGUAAUCUCGAGACCAAUGAAAUAUACUUCAUACUAGACUGGAACAGUAAUGUCUAUUACAGGGAUGUUCUUUCUCGGUCUGAGAUCUCCCCACUUAUUAAUCCUCUAGAGUUGGGAACACUUUUAUCUCCCGAGACACGGAGUAUGCUGGAGCAGCAAUGUGUGAAUGCAGUGCAGCUCCGUAUAUCACAGAGACUAGAGGAGGAGCUGCGAACAGAACAAGAGCACUGGAAGGAGGAGCACAAGAUUGAUGAUAUCCAGUCAACGUUUAGUAUGCGCUCCAUCCAGAUUAUGAAGCCACACGUAGAACGCGCUCCUGUAAUCAGUAAAGGAUUUGGCAUUGUUAUGUCUCAGUCCUGUUUACGAUGCUUCUCUGACUUCCUACACAGCUUCCAGAAAGCAGUAGAUCGGUUUCAUGCAGAGCAAAAUGGCCUGAAUGAGUCUUCAGAGGCUUAUAUUUAUAGGAUAAUUGGCAUAGUGAACUGCUGCCCUCCUUUCAGGGAGUUUGCUAAUCGGAUGGCGCAGUUUGAGUCAUCACAGGGUGAGGAGCCUCUGCGGCAAACAGAGAAAUCUCUCGAUCGCAUCAUUAACCUUGGCACAAAGACAAUUUGUGAUCUGGUGCUUCAAGAUCUUAAGCCCUUCUCUAGGAAGCUUCUGGGACGUCGAUGGCUGAGUAGCUCAGAUGCAUGUGAAGGGAUGGUUGCAGCCCUAACAGACCAUGUUCCUGCACUUCGCAAAAUAAAUCAGGGCCCUUACCAGGUAGUUGUCUCAGAACUUCAUCGAAGGGUUUUUCUGGAACUAGUCCGUCCACUUUUGCAAGGCAAGAUGAACUGCAACACUUCAAAGACUCGGAAGAAGGUCUCUAACAAGUUAAAAGAUGAAGCCAGACAGCUGGGGCAGAUCUUUAACAAACUGGAAUCCCCUCAGACCAGCUUGGAUCAUCUAAUCCCACGCCUUGCAGAGAUAUUAGUGCUAGAAGAUACAGUUUCAUUGCAGAUGGAGGUUGGGAUGCUGGUCUCUGACUUCCCAGACUUUAGGAAGCAUCACCUAGUGGCUUUAAUGGAUAUAAGGGGACUUUGGGAUUCAAACCAAAGGCAAGAAAUCCUAGGUGUCCUGCAUGACUUGCAAGAUAUAGAUAGUUUGGCGACCUCUCGUGGAACACCUGGCUUUUUUUCAGAAGUGCCAAUUACCAGGGAAACUUGCUGUAUUAAUGUUAACAUCUCAAGGGCCUCCCAGCUGGGCCGCAGGACGCUAAGUAGGCUGAGCUUUCAGGGAAGGAGUGCUCGGAGCAAUGUGUCUAAUGGCUUGAGGUCAGUGGUGGAGGACACUCAUCUCUAGUACUGGCCACAAAAAAAAGGAGUAAAUAUUUGUUCCUUUUUUUUAAAUUCUGAACAUCACGUGUAAAACCGUCUUCUUUUUUUAAAAGGGAUAAUUUUGGCAGAUGUUGUAACAUCUAAGUUGCCAUGACAUAAAACUUGCUGUGAUGAUUGUUAAGGUUGCUACAUGGCCCAAGCUUUAGUAGUUCUGCACUUUUUAUGAUCAAUUGACAGAGACUUAAAGUUUAUAGUCCAUGGCACACUGAGUAGCAGCCUUUUGACUGCCUUGUUUUGUAUGUUUUUGUCAAGGUUAAACACUUUGUAUGUAUAUGAUCUGGUAUGUAAUGAAUUGUAUUAAUUUUAAUAAAUAUUAAUUUAACAGUCACUGA